CACUUUUCAGUUUUAGAAAACCUUUAAAUUAUUCAAAGCUGACAAGGUGAAUUCAGUGCCCACGGCUUCGGGACGAGUUGACAAAGCAAGAUGUUACAUCUACAAAUCAUCCUCCUGUGUUCGUUAACAUUGCAAGCUUCGGCUGAUCUGUUGUCAGAACAUUCCUUCUUUGCUGCACUGGAUGAAGACCAAAAUGUUAAACUGUACUGGAACGUCAGUAUUAAAAACAAAGAAAUCUUUUUCACCGUGGAAGCCAACACGACUGGAUGGAUAGGGUUCGGAAUUUCCAGUGGGCAGGGAAAGAUGAAAGGCGCUGACAUUGUAAUCGGCUGGGUAAAGGACGGCAAAUCAUAUUUCCAGGAUCGACAUUCUAAUGGUUACUCAGUUCCAGAGGUGGAUAUGCAGCAGAACUAUGAACUGAUUUCACUUGAAGAGAGAAACGGAAAAACUGUCAUGAGUGUCAAGAGAAAGUUUGACACGUGUGAUUCACAAGACAACAAAAUUGAGAGUGGAACUACCAAAGUGAUUUAUGCCUACCACAAAGAGGACCCAACCUCAGAAAAUGCCAUAAAGCCGCACAGGACUGGAAACAGGGGAUCAAGGAGUCUACUGUUGCUGAACAGCCUUGAAAAUAUACCAACCUUGCCACCAGAUACUGAAACAUUUGAUAUACGACAUAAUAAGACCGCUAUUCCAUCUAAACGAACGAGCUACAUCUGCAGAGCAUUCGAGAUUCCAAAAGUUAACGAAACGCAUCACAUCAUUAUGGUUGAACCAAUUAUUCAAUCAGGUCAUGAGGGCAUCGUUCAUCACAUGUUAUUGUACGAGUGUAGUGAUAACUUCCCAACACAUCACUUGAAUUACACCGGCAACUGUUAUGGACCUGAUAUGCCCCCACCGGGGAAAGACUGUGCGGGAGCAUCAGCAUUUGCUGCAUGGGCUAUUGGUGGAAAGGAAUUUUACUAUCCUGAGAUAGCUGGAUUUCCGAUAGGAAAAGCUGACAGCCCUAAAGUCGUCAUGCUUGAAAUACAUUAUGAUAAUCCUUUAAAUAAGGAAGGACUGAUUGACAGUUCUGGCCUGAGGUUCCACUACACAAAGCAACUCAGACAGUAUGAUGCUGGAGUUAUGAUGGUUGGAGAGGCGGUUACACCCGCGAUGAUUAUCCCGCCAAAACAGAAUGCAUGGCACACAGAUGGGUUCUGCACUAAAGAGUGCCUGCAGCAGGGAAUGAAAGACUCCAAGCUGCCAAAAGGAGGAAUAAACGUCUUUGCUGCUUUGUUGCACACGCAUCUUGCUGGUCGCAAAACCUGGAUUAGUCACGUAAGGGAAGGAACAGAACUACGAGAAAUAGCCAGAGAUGAUCAUUAUGAUUUCAACUUUCAGGAGUACCACUCUCUGAAGAAGGAAGUGCACAUUCCUCCGGGUGAUUCGUUGAUUAAUGUUUGCAUUUAUAACACCGAGGACCGACAAACAAAAACAAAGGGUGGACUCGAAACAAUUGAUGAAAUGUGCUUGUCAUUUCUGAUGUAUUACCCCAAAGUCAACCUCACGAAGUGUACGUCCUUCGACCGGGGAGCUUAUGAGUCAUGGUACCAGGCUUUUAACAGAGGUAGCGAUCAAACACAAACCAGUUUCUGGACAAACAUAGUCAACAAUGGCUUGAAGGAAGCUUACCAAAACUCCAAGGAAGUGGUUUCACUUUGUCAGGCGCGCGCGCAUGCGCCAUUACCGGGCGUUGACAGAAAGCAACAGCCUAAGCCAAUGAUCAACAUUCCAUAUAAACAAGAACUGGUUUGCCCUUCGACAACGACGUUAAUACCAACGACUUCGCAAAAAGUCACCAUGAACAACAGAAGUGCCACAAGUUCUCCACUUGUUCUCUCUGCCAUCAUAUGCCUGGCAGCCAUUGCUGGUUUCCAGGCCUCCUAGUACUUUUGCUGCGAAAACAUAUUGCUUCAAGCCAAAUCAAAGCGAGAUAAUCGUGUUUGACAGCUGUAAAUAGUCUAUACGUAGCGUGCAUCUCUUGGUUGGCGACCCCUCGAUUCCUCCACUCUUUCCCUCCGCCUAGGCGAUAAAUCAUGAUGACUGGUCCUUUUCAGCAAUCAGCACUCAGCAUUCAGCAUUCAGCAUUUAGUGUACAGCGUACAACAUUUAGCAUUUGGCAUUUGGCAUUUGGCAUUUUGCAUUUUGCAUUUUGAAUUUAGCAUUUUGAAUUUAGCAUUUAGCAUUUAGCAUUCAGCAUUCAGCGUUUAACAUGUAACAUUUAGCAUUUAGUAAUCAGCAUUCAGUAUUUAGCAUUUAACUUUUAACAUUUAACAUUUAGCAUUUAACACUUAGCAUUUAACAUUUAGCAUUUACCAUUAAGCAUUGAUCACAUCGCAUUCAACAUUCAAAAAUUACCAUUUAACAUAUACAAAAUCAAUUAGUAUGUCAAUAAAGUGUGCUCAGUAUUUAA